GCUGUCGCCUCCCAGCGCCUCCCAGCGCUCCGCUCUCCAGCCAAGCAGAAAGGCGAGGAGCGAGUGAGAGCAAGCUCACAGCAGCGAUGGCAACUGACGGCAGCGGGACACCGCCCGAAGAAAACGACGAGCCGGUUUCAUCAGAUCUGGAGCUCAGCGGACACAUCCCGAAGAGGCACGCCCGGGUCACAGUGAAGUACAACAGGAAGGAGCUGCAGAGGCGGCUGGACUUGGAGAAGUGGAUCGAUGAGAGCCUGGACCAGCUGUACAGGGGCCAGGAGGCCGACAUGCCGGAGGAGGUGAACAUUGACGACUUGAUUGACCUUCGUACUGAUGAGGAGCGAAUCGUGAAGUUAAAGGAACUCCUCCAAAGCUGCAGCAACAACACUGAGACCUUCAUCAAGGAGCUGGUGGCAAAGCUGGUGGGGGUCCACAAGCAGGAGGAUCUGCAGAGCGAAGGCAUCGAGCAUCCCGUCAUCUGCCACAGCCUCCACCGCCACGAGCCCUACCAGUUCAACAACCCGCAGCACCACUUCCAUCAGAUGCGAGGCCACAACCAGAGUCUCUGAUAAGGACCGGAUCAGCGCGUAGACAAACUGACACACAAGGUUGGCUGUGUUGGACUAAAAAAUUCAGGGAUCGAUAGAGCAACAAAUAUACUGACGCAUUUCAAAUGUAAGGCUCUCCUGCUGAGAGUUAAAGGUAGUGACUCUUUUCACAAACGGCUCUCAGUUAAAGCAUGAAGGAAUGCAAAGAGAAACCUUCAUUCUGCCAGAGUUAGGAGGCAAACAAAACCUAAUCUACUACCAGUUAAUGUUUUACCUGCUGCUAAGCCAGUCGAUCUGGUGUCCUGAGUCCGGUAGAGAUGCUCCAGCAGGUUCCUACUUUGGUUCACAACUUAGUCCAUGAUUUUAACUGUGAUUUGCAGGGGAUUUAUGCCAGAUGUGUUAUCUGUUAUCAAAAAGAUGCUUAUAGUUUCUGUUUCAUCCUUUAUUUUUGCAAAGGGUUUCUUCAAAAGAUUUGUUUUAAAUGGUAAAACUAGCUCCAUUUUCAUCACAGAUGUGCUCAAAACUUUGUUAUUCUGAUCAUUAAAAAAAACCACACAAUUUGGCAACCAAGGGAUUUCCAUUAAAUAAGAAAUGAAAUUAAAAAUCACACAUGAAUACGCAUCGCCAUUAAAAAAAACAGGCCGUCAUCCUCCUCAUCCUAACGCAGAAACGUUUCACCAAAAAACAAAUUUUUCCAAAGCUGCCACUUUUCUAUUAGGCAAAUCUAUUUUUGCAAUUCCAAUUUGCACAAUUAAUUGGUUAAUGGAAACGCAGCUACUGAUGAUGUCACUCAGUGGCACAAAGAAGUCGGGUCUGAACUUGACCAUUUUGAGCUGAUUCCAGUCAGACUGUAUUUUUUAAUUCUGCUGCUAAUGAGUUCAUUUUGAUCCAUUGAUCCAUUUGAAGAACUUUACCAUGUACGCAUUUAGAAAUCAGCUUGAGGUUUAAAAAUGUGCAGAUCCAGUUUUUAAGAACAUGGCAGUGAUGUAAUCUAGUUGUCUUCUUAUUUUUAAUGAUCUGAUUGUGUUUCAUCCUCAGUGGCCUGAUUGUAGAGCUGAAACAAUUCAUCAGAGUAAUGGUGAUAAAUCGAUUGUUGAAAUAAUCAUCAAUUUAGUCGUCUAUUAAUUGCUAACUGGACUACACAGACUCAAAAAAAGGCCAUAUGCUGAAAGAACAAAAUACUCAGAACAGAUAUUAAGCCACAAUUGUACAAAAAAUAUGUAAAUUUUGCAUUUAAGAGGCAAAAAACCCCCACUUUUGUCUGUAUCCAAAACACUUCAAGUGGCAUCUUUAGCUUCACUUGGUUCAAAUCUAAAAAAAAAAAAAUUAAAAUAAUUCUAUUAAGCACAUUUUAUAAUCCAAUUAUGGACUAGUUAAUAUAAAAAUACACUGUAUUAAUGCUAACCUGAGCAGGAAGGGCUGAGCUUUUCACAUAUACACAUUAGAACAAUUUUUAGAUGCAUCCCUUGCUACAAAUGACCAACCGUUCACUAAAGGAAUGCUACGCUGUUGCAUUUUAAGCAAGAAAAUGUUCAUUUUCUUAUUCAGAAACGGAACUCAAUUGUUUGCUCAUAUGAAUCUGGUAAUGUAUUUCUAAUAGUGUGUGAAAAAUGCUUAAGUGGUUAAAUGGAAAAUCUGCAGAAUGUUCCAAUUUUUAAAACCUGAUUAAUCAAUUAAUCAUCAGAAUAAUUUAUAAGAAUUAUUAUAGAAAAUAAACUUAAGUUGCAUCCCUGCCUUAUUGUUCUAUGUGCUGUUUGUUACUGAAUCAUUACACAGUAAGUCACUUGUGGAAAAAUAUUGUUGAAUGAGUGAAAAUGGUAGGAAGUCUAGGAUCAUUCCUGACUGGUUUGGUCCUGCUGUAAUUCUACAGACUUUAAUGCCUCUUCCUCUCAGAAGUCGCCUUUUACUCACCAGUUUACUCUUACAUUUCCACGCGGGUCAACUUUUACUCAUCAUAUGCUUCAGUGUUUCUCAGCUACUGUCUCUGGUUCUGCACUGUUCCUUCCUUGGACCAGAAAUACCCAACGAAAACUGUCGUUCUGGAGAUUUUCUGACCCAGUUAUCCAACCUUUACAGGUCAAACUCACCUAAAUCCUAAGGACAAAAUGUUCACCGUGCUGCCUAACAUAAUUCACCCAUAAUGAUGAGAUAAUCAGUAUUACAAUGUUAUACUUAAUUGGUGUUUAAAUAUCACAUUAAGCACAUUCUAGAUAUCUGAUUUGUGCAUAAUUAUGAUUUGAAACAGCCUUUAAAAGUUUGAAUUUGAUCAAUGUGGAUUUGAAUAUGAAAAAUGAGCUAUUUUACUUAAGAGUAGUUAAAAAGUGACCUUGAACUCCUAAUAGGAACAGAUUUCAGAGUAAUGGGGUAAACAACUCCCCACCCCCAUCCUUUAUUUAUUUUGGUUAGAUGGAAAGUUGUGAUUUAAACUAUUUUGCAGCUAUCUAACUGAUCAUGAUGUGAAAAACAUUCCAUAUUUAGAGCUUUGGCAAAGUAUUUCCUCCCCUACAGAUUCUUCUGGGUUUUUUUUCUUUGUUGUUGUUUUUUUCACUUUGACUUCUUUGAUAUUUCCGAACAUCAAGAAAAAUCUUAAUAUCAGACAAAGAUAACCAGAUCACAAAAUGCAGUUAACAUUUUUAUGGGACAAAACAAAAUCUAUCCAAAGAAAUCUGGUAUUAGAAGUAAUCACCCUUAAUCCUAACUAUGUUUGUACAGCAGUGGUUUUUAACUCUCCCAUUCUGGCCAUUUUUGGCUGGUUAAGUUGUUAUUGUUGGAUCAUGAACUGUAGGUCUAACAGCAGUUGAGUGCUGCACCACUUUGAAUGUGGUUCUUUCAUGUUCUCUUGGAAGAGUUGUUGAUACGCUCUGGGAGUAAUUUUGGAUGUUCUAUGGAUUAUUGCUCUAACUGUAGCCUUAGAGAUGCCUUACAUAUUGACAUAAAAAUUUGGGAAGCUUUCUGCAGAUUCGGUCUUGGUUUGAUAUUAAAACUUGUUUUUGGUGAUCUGAAAUGUUUAAGUAUGACAAAAACAAGAAAUCCAUUAGGAGGCAUUUCACUGAACUGUAUCUACAUGAUGUGACGCUGGGAAUGAAGCCUUUGUGAUCACUGAAACGUUGUAGCUUUUCAAUGAUGCAUCUCUGGAUAGAAAUGUUAAAAAGUCAACUUAAUAAAAUAAUUUAUGCAA